AUGUUUCUUAAUCAAACUACAUACCCAGUUGGUGCUACUCCGUAUUUAGUAGCAGUCGCCGAUGUGAAUAGCGACAAUAAACGCGAUAUUGUUGUUAUAAACUCUGGUACGAACACCGUCAGCGUUCUGCUCAACACAGGUAAUGGCACCUUUAGUGCUCAAACUAUUUACGUAGUUGGUAGUACUCCUAAUGGGGUAGCAGUCGUCGAUGUGAAUAGUGACAAUAAAUCCGAUAUUGUUGUUGCAAACGCUGGUGCGAAUACCGUCAGCGUUCUUCUCAAUGCAGGCAGCGGCACCUUUAGUGCUCAAACCACUUACCCAGUUGGUACUAAUCCAUACUCAGUAGCAGUCGCCGAUGUGAAUAGCGACAAUAAACCCGAUAUUGUUGUUAUAAACCAUAGUUCGACUACCGUCGGUGUCCUUCUCAAUGCAGGCAGCGGCACCUUUAGUGCUCAAAUAACUUAUGCAGUUAGUAAUUCUCCAGUAUCCGUAGCAGUCGCCGAUGUGAAUAGUGACAAUAAACCCGAUAUUGUAGUUACAAACGCUGGUACGAACACCAUCGGCGUUCUUCUCAAUGCAGGCAGCGGCACCUUUAAUACGCAAACUACUUACCCAGUUGGUCUUCAACCAAUGUCAGUAGCAGUUGUCGAUGUGAAUAGCGACAAUAAACCUGAUAUUGUUGUUGCGAACUAUGCUUCGAACACCGUUGGUGUUCUUUUUAAUGCAGGCAAUGGCACAUUUAAUGCUCAAACUAAUUACUCAGUUGGCAGUGCUCCAUGGUCAGUAGCAGUCGUCGAUGUGAAUAACGACAAUAAACCCGAUAUUGUUGUUGCAAACGAAGGUUCGAGCAACGUCGGUGUUCUUCUCAACACAGGCAACGGCACCUUCAAUACUCAAACUACUUACUCAGUUGGUAGUCAACCAUACUCAGCAGCAGUCGCCGAUGUGAAUAGCGACAAUAACCCUGAUAUUAUUGUUGUAAACGGUGGUUUGAACACUGUCGGUGUUCUCUUGCAUUGUUAA